AUGUCCCUACCGCCUCCCCAGACACCGCAUUGGCGGCAUGUCUACAGGGCCCUCUUGAGAGAAUCUGGCUAUCUUCCUGACCCCGUUGCUCGCCAGUAUAUGUCCAGCCAUGUCCGUGAGAGUUAUCGAGCGUACUGGCCACGAGUGAUACCAAACUCUUAUACAGGCCCUAAUGGACAAUUUUACCUAGAACGCCGGGCGAGAAAGCUCUUGUCGAUUCUCUCCCGUGCAAAUGAAGGAUAUAUGAAACCCCUCGAACGCGUUCUUAUGCUGUCGUACGGUCGAAUCGGACGGCGCAGACACGUCCUGGCGCGACCCUUCUUCGUUCCCAAUUCAUCUGGGGACAAAACUCCUUUCAGGUUCAUUCUGCCCCCAACAUGUCCUCCUAGCUGGGAACCUAUUCCUUCCCUAUCUGCGUUGAUGAAAUCACAGAUGGAGAACCGCCACCUGAGCGACGUCGACGCAACCCCAGUAAUCCGCGAGAUCCCGCAGCCAAAAAAGAGUAUCUGGAAUGGACAUGUAUCCAAGAGGAAAGUGCAGAAAGCUACUGAAAAGUGGUAUAAUAUGGUUAUAAAGAGUGUUCUACCACCUAUUCCUGAUCAGGAGUGGAACACCUUACAUGGCCUAGUGGUCGGAAAGGAGCCAUGGUCCCUGCCCAAGAGACGGAAGCGGCUAGACACGAAUCAUAAAGGGAGUGCUCUUGAUGCGGAAUUUUUAGUCUUCGGCCCUCAGAAGGACCGCACAUUCGAGGCAUAUGUACGCGGGAGGCCACACAAAAUUACCCGGAAGCUCAUGACACCCAUGUGGGAAAGAGUUCUGCUGGCCACUCCACGGAUGACGCAAAUUCCAGAAACGAAUGAUUGGAUUGUUCGCUGGGGAGAGCCGGUUGUAAGCCCCAUUUUCCGAACGUUAGAUCCUGAGCUGGGAAUCAACUCGUGGUUAUUUGAUGGUGUUGAUAGAAUAAAUGGAGCCUUGCUAAAGCCUAAAGAGCCACAAACAUGA